AUGGGAAACGUUGACAGCAGGUCCAAAUUUGAGAGUGGCUACUUCAUGAUUGCCACUGAUAAACCUUUCUACGAGCCAGGAGAAGUAAUUACUGGCAAAGUCUACAUUAGAUGUUCUAGACCAAUUGAUGCUAAGCAUAUAGAACUCAAAAUCAAAGGAAAAGAGAAGGGUUCGUGGAUGGACACCGUCCAUAAAACGGUUAGAAAUCCUGAUGGAUCAUCUACUGUUGAAACUGAGAAAGUUAAAAGAAAACAUAGAAGAGAGAUUAUGGAUUCUAAAGCUCCAUGCUUUGUCUUCAAUUCAAAUCUCGUUCCAGGAGAUUAUGUGGUUCCAUUCGGUUUCUAGCUUCCAGAAAAUGUUCCUUCCACAAUGUUUUUCAAGGACACUCAUGAUCAUAGAAAACCUAAAGCCUAGGUCAAGUAUUCAAUCAAAGGGUCAUUAGAGACAAGAAGUGAUAAAAAUGAAAUGAGCUACAAGCAAAUAUUAAUUGUUAGAGAAAAACCUCCCCAUUUGCAAGAGGACAUUACAAAAGCUUCUGAAAAUAAAAUUACGACUUGGUGUUGUGUAGAUCAAGGCGUUUCAAAAAUUUAAGUGCAAUUUGAUAAGAAUACUUUCAUGCCACAUGAAAAAUGUAAAUCAGAAAUUAAACUUGAUAACUCAAGAUGCAAUAUUGCUCUUAAUACUGUAAGAUUUACCAUGGAGUAAGAAAUUACCAUUAAAUGCGGAACUCAUAUAUACAGAAGUGUCAGAACAAUCAAGGAAAAGCAUGAUAAUGGAGUCCCCGCUAGAAGUACACAAGUUGGUGAGAAAGAACUUGAAAUUGAUCUUAGUGAAAUCAAGUAUCCUGUACCUCAGCAUAGAAAGAAGUAAGGAUAACUCAAGGCAGUUAGUAUUGAGGAUGCCUUCUAAAUGAGUCAAGCUCAACCAGCCUGCCAUGGUCACAUCGUGAAGAACGAGUACUAUUUAGCAGUUAGAACUGUGUUUGAUGGAUGCACCUGUUGUGCAGAUCUUCCAAUGGCUAGAAUACCACUAGUUAUUAUUCCUGUAGUCAACCCUCAGCUUGUUGGAUUCCAAGUUCCCAAGGAUUAUAAUCCUCAAGUUCACGAAUACUGUCAGGUAACAUUAAGACAUUGA